AUGGGCACGCUUGCCAUAUGCAUCGCGUCCUUCGGUCCACGGGCAUCGCCGGACGGCGAGGCGCUGCCACUGCUAGGUAAGAAUUUCCGCGUUCUUUUUCCAGGCGCAGCGCGAGAAAUCGGUGAAAACUUCGCUCUUCUCUGGCUCGCGAAAUCCAGGGUUUCUUGGAAUUCGAAGGAGCCGGCUAUGGAUCCCGGCCGUAACAGCGACAGCGAGGAGGAGGAGAGCGUGUGUGGCAGCCGAAGCUGGGAGGUCGUGGCAUCGGAUCCCGACUCCGGAUUAUCCGACUCGAAUUGCGACGUCCAGAUGCAUGAGGCCGGCAUCACUGUUCUUCCCCAGCACUUCCUUCUCCCGCCGGCGGCGCAAGCAUGCGCGCAAGAAUCCAAGGCAGUGGAGGAGGAAGAAUCUUCACGAGGUAGGGAACCGCCGUCCUCCUCGGUGAAGGAUUGGAUUGAGCCGUCACGGGUGAUUGAUGAACGGCAGGGAUCCGGGCAGCAGGAGCAGCAUCACAGGCAGCAGCAGCAGCAGCACGAUUUGGAUUUGCUAUCGACGCUCAUCUCUUCCGUCCUGGAAUCCGAGAAGAGGGAGGGUGGGAUUGCCGAGGGAGGAGACCUCCAGAUAGGGACAGGAGAGGAGGCAUCAUCACUGGCGAGUUUGCAUCGCGAGAUUGUGUCGGAGUCGGGAUUUAGCGCUUUGGUUCCAUCGGAUCUUCACGGGAAUGUGUUGAGACCGGAAGAACAGGAGGAGGGCGAGGCGAUUGGCGAGGAGGAGGGUGGUGGUUUUGGAAUUGGAGAAGAAGAGGAUGGGAGGAUAGGAGGAAGCUGGAAGAAGACGAUUGCGAGUUAUAUCCGGAGGGCGAGUACGCUGUGGUCUCUCACGAUUGCUGCGGCGCUGGUGGGACUCGUGAUCAUUGGGCAACGAUGGCAGCACGAGCGCUGGCAAAACCACCAGAUGCGCUUGCAGCUUUGCUACAAGGACGAGAAAAUCAGCCAGCUUCUCUUCCAGAUUGCUCGAUUGAAGGAGACGGUCUCGGGUCGGAGGAGAGUGCCAGUGAUCAAAGCGAGCGCGGUUUGAACUUGAGUCGACCGAGGCGAUCAAAAAAGACUUUAAAGAGAAACAAAGAAGAGAGAAGAGAUUUCUUCUUCCUCCGCGCAUCGCAUUGUUGGCUUCGUUCGUUCGUAUUACAUAUAAAUGGAGAAUUAAGAAAGAGACAUAGAA